GUAAAUUACCGAAGAGUACAACAAUACCCGUCGAAUCCGUCGUAUCCGUCAUAUCCUUCGUAUACAACAUAUAACAGCACUCCAUGUGUUGGUUGUGUUCACAAUCAAUGCAAAUGUAGUGGAGAUAAGGGCUCUCGGGGUCCACCGGGUGUUCCCGGACCAAUUGGAGCCCCCGGACUGUCCGGACAUUCCGGACCCGAAGGCCUUACUGGCGAUAAGGGAGAUAAAGGCGAUUCUGGCAAUUCUGGACUCAGAGGUCUAAAGGGUGACCGUGGUAAAAUGGGAAUGCCUGGAUUCCCUGGCAUUAAUGGAAUACCAGGCGUUCCCGGGCCAUCGGGACCACGCGGGCCACCCGGUCACGACGGGUGCAAUGGUACCGAUGGUUUGCCAGGACUGCCGGGAACUCAUGGCAAUGAUGGACCGCCCGGUUUACCCGGAAGGCACGGACCGCAAGGACAAAAGGGAGAGCCAGCUAUUGGACCGCCGGGUCUGAAAGGACUUAAAGGUGAACCGGGAAGGAAUGGAUUCCCGGGAGAGUCAGGAAUACCUGGUUCUGAUGGUUUGCCCGGAGCCCGAGGAGAUGCGGGACAUAUCGGACCAUUUGGUCAAAAAGGAGAGACAGGAUUUAUAGGCCCUAAAGGAAAUCCAGGCAUUGGUUUUGAAGGCAGAAAAGGAGAUCCAGGAGACAAAGGACCUCCAGGUCCACCUGGUAGUAAUUGCACCUAUUAUACCGGCCAUCCCGGCACUAUUAUUGGACCCGCGGGACCCAAAGGAGCCAAAGGCUUAAAGGGAGACUACGGAGUGGCCGGAGAGCGUGGUUACGAUGGCAUCCCCGGCAUAACGGGUCCGACUGGAGAUCUGGGAAUGAAAGGAGAAAAAGGAUUACCCGGACAUCCGGGUCCGCGCCACUUGAAGGGCAAAGAAGGCUAUCCCGGGCCUCACGGAAGUGUUGGAUUCAAAGGAGAUCGAGGAGAACCAGGUUUGCCCGGAUUAGAUGGCGUUUCCGGCACAAAGGGUGACGCAGGGCUUUCAGGAAUUCCCGGUCAACGCGGACUACUGGGCCCUCCCGGCCCACCAGGGGGAGUUGAAGGAAGAGCGGGACCGCCAGGACUUCAAGGACCGCGAGGAUUCCCUGGAUUACCGGGUGUGCCCGGAGCUGAUGGAUUACCCGGUUUAAUUGGUCCACGGGGUCCACCUGGUCAAUCUGGAGGGCCCGGAAUCCCUGGUUCUCCCGGAAGAGAAGGACCGAUUGGGACCAAAGGUGAUAAGGGCGACGGCGGACUGCCUGGCCUUCCAGGACUUGAGGGACCAACAGGUUUACCCGGAAUAUAUGGUUCAAAAGGAGAACCAGGACCAAAGGGAACGCCUGGCUUUUCUAUACCCGGACCAAAAGGAUUGGAUGGAAUGCCAGGACUGAAUGGUUUACCGGGAAAGAAGGGUGACCAUGGGCCUAAAGGAGAAAUUGGAACACCGGGCGAUUCAAUCGAUGGAAUACCCGGAUUGCCCGGAAUUGCCGGAUUUAAAGGCGAUGCUGGUCAUCCUGGACUUUCUGGUAGACCCGGACUUCCAGGAGAUAAGGGCGGCUCGUGUUUGUCAUGUAUUCCCGGCUCGAAAGGAGAAAAGGGUGUCCGAGGUUUUGAUGGAUUGCCUGGUCUUCAGGGAGACAAAGGAGAGAGAGGACCCCUCGGACCGCACGGUCUGCGCGGCGACGACGGUAUCCCUGGUUUGCCAGGAAUUCCCGGCGAAGAAAGAAUUGCAUUUAACUAUAACAACUAUUUUUAUCGGGGAACCCCAGGUCUGGCCGGAAGAGAUGGCAUUCCAGGAGCCAAAGGAGAUCAGGCGGUGAUUCCGCCCGAUUUUAUUCCCACCAAAGGCGUGAAGGGUGAGUCAGGAUUACCAGGUACGGAUGGUCCAGCGGGUCGUGACGGGAGUUCAGGCCCGCCCGGUCUGCCCGGACAGAUGGGCCAAUCCGGACAUAAAGGAGAUAAGGGAUUUGCGGGUUUUCCUGGAGAUCCAGGUCGGCAAGGGUUGCCCGGACUGCCAGGUUUUCCU